AUGGCAAAUGGGCAUGAUCGUUCUCAUGGUAAGAGCCACUUAUGGGGAGGAAUUGUCAUUGGCAUUUUGACAGUUUUUUUGGUUGCCACAUUUUACUAUCUUUUCAAGAGGAAGAUCCUCCCAGCUCUAAGAAGGAAAACCCAAUUGCCUUUGAUGAAGAAAAAAGGAACAUUGAAAGAUGAGAAGAACAUGUUGAGGGGGUUUCAGUUAGAGGAAGUAGUGAGAGCAACAAAGAACUUUAGCCAAGAAUGCUUUUUGGGUUCUGGUGCUUUUGGGAAUGUCUAUAAAGGGACCUUUGAUGUUGAAGGAACUUUGGCUAUUAAGAGACCCCACAACGAGUCAUACCAGAGUGCUCAAGAAUUCAUGAAUGAAGUGAGGCUACUUUCAAGAGUAAAACACAGGAACCUUGUUAGUUUGGUUGGAUUUUGUGAAGAACCUGGGGCAAAAGGGUCAAAAAUGUUGGUUUAUGAAUAUGUUCCAAAUGGUUCUCUGCUGGAGUACAUUACAGGAAAAAGAGGGAGGAGCUUAAAUUGGAAGCAAAGAGCAAACAUAGCCAUUGGAGCAGCAAAAGGAAUUGCACACUUGCAUGAAGGGAUCAAGCCAAGCAUAAUCCACCGAGAUAUAAAGCCAAGCAACAUCUUAGUAGGUGAUGGGUUUGAAGCCAAGGUGUCUGAUUUUGGAUUGGUCAAAUGUGGGCCCACUGGGGACCAAUCACACGUCAGCAGCCAAGUCAAAGGAACUCCUGGAUACCUUGACCCUGACUAUUGUUCAAGCUUCCACUUGACCCCAUUCAGUGAUGUCUAUAGCUUUGGUGUUAUACUUUUGCAGCUUAUCUCUGCCAGGCCUGCCAUUGAAAUAGCUAAAAUCAAUUCCAAUUAUCAUAUUAUUGAAUGGGCAAGGCCUAGCUUAGAGAAAGGAAAAGUGGAGGACAUUUUGGAUGUGAAUCUUCUUUCAGAGCCAUGCAACAUGAAUAUGAUGCUAAAGAUGGGACAACUUGGCCUUAGAUGUGUGGUGAACACACCAAAGCAGCGCCCCACAAUGACCCAAGUUUGGCAAGAACUCCAAGAAGCCCUCUAUUUAGCAGAUAACUUCAUCAACAAGCAACCCUCUUGGGAUUCUCAUAAAUCAAUGGAUUAUGAGUACUCUCAGAGCAGCUUUGUGAGCAUAAAUGGGAUUGGAUUUCAGAGGUUUCAUGUGGAGAUGGAGAGCCACUCCUUUCAGAGCACAGUCUUGAGGUGUUUAGAGAAUAAUAGUAUUAAUUAUGUGGAUAUUGAGAAAAGCAGUUCGAAGGGUAUACAUGAGGAAAAGAGUACAAAAAAUGUUUGCUGA